GGCCUUGCCGAUGGACUUGGUUGGCUCUCCGGUUAACGCCGCUGCUACACAGCAUGCACUUUGAAAAGCAUCCUAAAUUACGCAACUACCCCGCUUCUCAUCCUAGCCGUUACAACCUUUUCAACAAUAACUUGCCGAAGCAUCAUGACUGCCAUCAAGAAAACAAAACAGGGGCACAUUCGUAAUUGCACCUCCCCUUCAUCUUCUCUCACUGUAGCUUUUCCCCUCCACGGUGAUUCACUGAAACGAACAGAAACAAAACCCAAACAACUCACUCACACUCAGGCACUCAUCUCUCUCUCCAUUUCUCUCUCUUUAGGGUUUUGGUUUGGGUUGAACUGGAGUGGUCCCAAGACCGAAAGCAGCGGCAGUGGCGGUGGGGAAGCAGAGGCGUCGGAGGAGGUGAUGGCGACCGAUCAGCUAAUGGUGUACAGAGGGGUGAACAAAGCGAAGAAGGAGAGAGGAUGUACGGCAAAAGAGCGCAUCAGCAAAAUUCCUCCGUGUGCUACUGGAAAACGCAGCUCCAUUUACCGUGGAGUCACUCGGCACAGGUGGACAGGUCGUCAUGAGGCUCAUCUCUGGGAUAAAAUUACUUGGAAUCAGAACCAGAAUAAGAAGGGAAAACAAGGUCUCACUUACCAAAUAUAUAUAUAUAUAUAUAUAUUUGGUAUGUGUAUAAAUAUUGUAUACAUGUCUAAUUUCUGACAAGCAUUUGAUUUCUUGGAUUGUGCAUGCAAAUGUUGGCGCAUGAUGAUUCAAGACAUCUGUUCUUGAUUUGAAUAAUUUGUACAGAAAGCAUGGUUAUUUGUAAAAAUGCAUAUAUUUGAAUCA